UAGGAAACUUUUGUUGUUGUUGCCGAACGAAAGGUGUGAUCACGAGCUCACCUGUGUUUCUGGCUACCCACGGGAAGACUUUUAAAGGCGGUAGUUGUGCUCGUACUGUUAAGUCUGCAUGAUGGAGUGGCGUGAGCAGUCCUCUGUCAGCUGUGAGGAAGCGUACCUGGAGGCGCGAAGAUGGAUCGAGGCAGCAACCAAGAAAAAAUUUGGGAACGGCGACUUCCGAUCAGCCCUGGAGAAUGGAGUUCUGCUGUGUGAUCUGAUAAACAAGAUCAAGCCUGGCACCAUCAAAAGGGUCAACAGGCUCCCUACACCUAUUGCUGGACUGGACAACCUUAAUGUCUUCCUCAAGGCCUGUGGGAAGCUCGGACUAAAGGAGGCGCAGCUCUUCCACCCCGGGGAUCUGCAAGACUUGUCCACCAGAGUGACAGUAAAGCAUCAAGAGACAAACAGGAGGCUGAAAAAUGUUUUAAUCACCAUUUACUGGCUGGGUAGAAGAGCUCAGAGUGAUCGUUUCUAUGAUGGACCUUACCUAAAUUUGAAGGCCUUUGAGGGAUUACUAGGCACCGCGCUCUCCAAGGCUCUGCAGGAAUCAAACAGUCAGAAAGGCUCCAGCGUUCGAGACAGCGGUUUUGGAGACAGUUGGUACUCUGAGCGAGAGGAGAUCUAUUCUCUGAGAAGAGGUGGAGGAGGUGGACACAGGAGAGACGACUCGUUGGACAGUUUGGACUCGCUGGGCUCGAGACCCCACAGCAUCUCAUCUGACGCCACUCUCAAAGGCAGCAGCGAGGGUUGUUGCAGCGACACCGAGGCAGACUCCAUCUUCAAGAUGGCUGACAACAAGAACAGCCUCAGCUACCGCAGGUCACUAGUCAUCACGCCGAAAGCCAGCGCCCAGUUUAACCAGUUCCUGCCCACCAAAGACAAGCAGUCAGGCUACGUGCCGGCUCCGCUGAGGAAGAAAAGGGCUGAGCGCAAUGAGGACAGCCGGCGUAGCUGGGCCAGCUCCGGCUAUGGAGAAGAUGAAUCCACUCUCACAAGACAGCAGCAAACGCAAGAAAAUUCUGAUGGGAGCAAAUCAACAAGCGACAUCCAGGUGGACCCCUCAAUCGCCCGGCAGAUUCGCUUCGAGGAGCUGCAGAAGUUCCGCGAACAGGUUAAAGAGAGUGAGGAUAAGUGGCAAGAUGACCUGAGCAAAUGGAAAAACCGGCGCCGGAGCGUGAACUCUGAUAUAGUGAAGAAGAAGGAGGAGCGGGAGAAGAUAGAGCAGAUCACGUACGGCAGCGACGGCAGGUCCAAGACCUUCAAGGAAAUCCAAGAGGAGAGAGAAAAUAAAAAAAAGAACAGCAUCGGCAGCCGCCUGUCCUCUCUCUCCUACUUGGAUGACGACGACGACAUAUUUGCGAAACCCGCAAUUCGCGCGCCGACCCGAUCGCUUCCAGCCAGAAGCUACACCAUCGACGCUCCAUCGUAUUCUCCAGAGCCCAAGCCCUCUCCGAAAGCCGAGGACCCCCCGGUUGCUUCCCCUCGCAUUCGCAGACCGCCUUCGCCCCCCACUUCGCAUGAAACCGUGGACGGUCCUUCAGUCAAAGACUCCCACACCACCAACCAGUCUCUAGCAGCUGCAUCCUAUCAGAAGAGUCCAGAGGAGGAACGCAAGGCCAUAAAAUACACAGAGAAGACUACGAGGGACGUAGCCCCCCACUCCUCCUUCAUCUCCACCCAGAAGGAGCUUGAGCCGAGGCCCUCAUUGUUGAGAGCACCGACUGAGGUGGAGGCCCCCUCCUCCAGCUCUCUGGACAGACAAGCUGAGUUGAGCCCGAUGGAACCCAAGCCUCCCGCCGUGUCUCGGGUUUCCGCCUCUCUCCCCAGGAGCUACCAGAGAUCGGAUAGCGCGCGGCUAACCUCGGUCGUCGCUCCGAGGCCCUUUGGGACCCAGCCGUCCCGCAUCUCCUCUCUUUCCAGAGCCCACACAACGGACGAAUCCCACAAGGGUGUCAACGGCAAUGUGGAUGUUUCUAAGAAGGCGUCAGUGCCAAGCCGGUAUCACCAGUACAUGACCUCAGAGGAUGAGGCUCAGUCCAGUUCUGCACACAGCAGCGAUGAAGAGGAGGAGGAGGAGGAGGAAGAGGAAGAGGAGAACCCCACAGUGAAGGGCCUGUCCUCGACUCAGAGCAUCAGAUCUCUCCCGUCUCCUGUCAAGAGUGACGUCUCAGUCAGUCCUGCUCCUGGCAAAGAAACCAGCAAGGAGGAUUUCUGUGAGAUGCGGAUCAGCCUGAACCAAAAACCCAACAGCAGCCGAGACUUUGGCUUCCAGGCUGCCUGGGACUCAACGGGAGCUCGGGUCACGUCCGUCCAACCAGGGAGCUCAGCCGAGAUGUGCCAGCUGCAGGUCAGGGAUGAAGUGCUGACGGUGAACGGGCUCCAGGUGGCACAGAUGAGUUACGAGCAGUGGAAGUCCAGCUUGGAGGAGGCCCUGCAGAAGGGCAGCCUGGUCAUGGAUGUGCGCCGUCACGGCCAGCACAACUGGGACAGAGAUCAACCUUCCCUGCCAUUUAAAAGCCAUAAGACCAUCAAUCUGACCAGUACGGAUCAUCCGACACUUCUAGGUCCCCCUGAGACAAAGACCGCCAACUCCAGCCUGGAUUUCACUUCCCGUACCGUCACAGAAUCGGUGCUGGCCAAAGAGCCUCACACUCUUCCUCUGGUGGACGUGGCUUCAAACAGAGUUAAUGGGGACUUACAAGACCAACCAGUGACCAUGAGGAACAAAGAGUCAGAACCAAUAUCUUUGAAAAACUUAAAACGGAGAUCAGAGUUUUUUGAACAAGGAGGAUCGGAGCCUGCGAUGCCAGAUAUUCCUGUUCCUGCGAUCACUCCAGCUUCCUCCAGCCGCUGGUCGUGGAACCCAGAAGAAGAGCGCAAGAGACAAGAGAAAUGGCAGAAGGAACAAGAGCUCCUCCUACAGGAAAAAUACAAGCGUGAUCAGGAGAAGCUGCAGGAGGAAUGGCUCAAGGCUCAGCAGGAGAUUGUCACAAGCGUGGGCCACCAGGUGAACAGCCACGGCGUCAGCCCACACUCGCCCCCAUCUUCUCUCCAACAGCCCACUCUGUGGGAAGAGGAGGAGAGGCAGAGGAAGGUGGAGCAGGAGCGCCAGCGGCAGGCGGAGGAGAGGAGGAGGAGGGAAGAGGAGGAGCGGGAGCUCCAGCGACUCCAGGAGGAGAGGAAGAGAAGAGAAAUGCAGGAGAGGGAGGAGAGGGAAAAAAGGGAGGUGGAAUUGAGAAUGCAAAGGACGAGAGAGGAGGAGCUAAGAAAGAGGGAGGAGGAGCAGAGGAGGAGAGAGGAGGAGCGAAGGCAGCAGGAGGUGGCGGAGCAGCAGCGCAGGCAGAAAGCCUUCGAGCAGCAGAGAUGGGCCGCUGUCUCCCACGACUUUGACAGUGCUCAGCCACAGCUGUCCUUUACUGACAGGACAAAAUCCCAGUCAUCUCCCCAGCUGGAUGAUGACGACAAACCUCAGAGGAGAGACUUGCUACGGCAGCCAGAGGACGUGUCUCUCAGGCUGCUGGAAGAGGAGUUGAGGAUUGCACGUAGAAAACACCUCCAAAGCCAGAAGGCUGCAUCAGAGCUGGAGAGGAGAAACUUCCUCAGAUACGCAGAGGCAGAGAGAGCUCCCAAUGGGAAGAGUCAGCAGCCGCUGUCGCAGGCUGAGCUGGAGCGCCAGCAGAUCCUGAAUGAGAUGAAGAAGAAGACACCUCUCCUGACGGACAACAGCUGGAUCCGCCAGCGCGCCGCCGGCACGGCCGUCAACAGGGACAGCGAAGUGCCGCCUAUGCGCAGAGGGGAAUCUCUUGACAACUUGGACUCCUCCUACGACUCUCGGCGUUCGUCCUGGACUCCCAGAAGCAGCUCUUUUGCCUCAAACUACUCUCGGCCGUAUUCUGGCUACUCUGGCAGCUCUUCUGGCAGCUCUUCUUUUUACUCUGGAGCAUCAGGGCUCCGUCGGCCAGUCUCCUCCACCCUGCCCCCCUCCUUCUCUACGGGCUCCCUUCGCGGUGGGGCAGGAUCCUACUCGGCCCCUUGGUCCCGUCCGUCCCCCUCCCCGUCCACUCCGUCACCAGUCACCACUCCGGAGCCCGCACCUGACGCCUAUCAGCAGCGGAACAGGUCAGUGAGUGGCAGGAAAACCUGCACGUUCUGUGACACCCCGCUGGGAAAGGGAGCAGCCAUGAUCAUCGAGUCCCUCGGGCUCUGUUUUCAUUUGGGCUGUUUCAAGUGCACCGACUGCAAGUCCGACCUUGGAGGCUCCGAGGCUGGGGCCGAAGUCAGAAUACGAAACAAGCAGCUCUUCUGUAACACCUGCUACAUGCGAGUCAAAACUGGCCAGCCAACAUCCAUGUGAUCCAGGCGUGCUGCAGCAGAUCGACGAGGAGACGACAUGUGACAACAACCCAUGAACUUUAAAGCGAAAGCCAUUGCAAUAAUAAGCCGGACCUCUGGUGUCUUUAAUUGUACUGAUGAGACAAAGAUUUCAAAAGAAGUUAUCUACUUUUAUCAUGAUAUCAUAUGACGCAUUAUAACUGUACAAAUCCUCUACAUUCCCUAUCUAUAUAUUAUUAUUAUUUUUUUUUUUUUCAUGUUUUAGCCUCAGAACUAUCUCUGCGAGAUUCCAGGAGAGCUUGCUUCCCCGACUCCAUUUAGGUAGAUUUUGUCAAAGUGGUGAGAGAAACCUGCAGGAUCAUGCUUCUUUUCUAUGCGUGUCUGGUGGUAUUAAUUUGCCCGUUAGGGGGCAGAAAAAGGUAUGCUUUACAUGCGUAUGUGGCUUUGUACUUGUAAGAGACAAAAGAAAUAAAAUUAUUAGAAUUCUCUGAUGCAUCAUGUUUGAAAAUGAUGGCCUGCUUUGACCGCACUUUUGAUGCUCAGACUUCUCAUCAUUCUGUACUGAAUUAAGGCAAAGAAUAACUCUGUAAAUAAAUGACUAAAUCCUCAA